UUCCCCACCUUUCAAUUCAGAGCGACCUGCAGUCGGGAGUUUUGGACAAACACGGCAGGACCCUGGAGAGAUUUAGAAGAAGAAUUGAGAGACUCAAACUUCACCAUAGCAGAUGCGAAAGGAGGCUUUUCCAGACAGCUUCAGUGCAGGUCCAGAAGGCGAUGGCUGUGAUGCCAACACAGUUGGACUAUAUCCAUGAGGAGCCAGAGUGGGAUUCCUUUGGAUCCGAAUUAUGCAGCCAUACAGGAUCGGACCCAGAGUACAAGCCAACUCACACUGCAUCAUCAUCCAGUGAUGAGGAAGAUUUGAAAAGCCGAGACAAACACAAGAACCUCAGAACUUAUGUGAAAAGACAAAAAAAACAAAAGACGAACAAAACAAAAUCAACUGUGACCAUAAAAACUUGUACAAAAAGGGAAGAUGGCAAACGAGCACGCGACAAAAGACAUUAUUGUCUCUACUGUGGCCAGUCAGACUUAAGGAUUGCGAGACAUUUGCAGAGAAAUCAUAUGGAGAUCCAGGAUGUAGCAUAUGUCUUCAGCUUUCCAUCAGGAUCAAAAGACAGAAGGGUUCUUUUGGAACAACUGAGAAAUAAAGGAGAUUUCAAGCACAAUACCAAAGUCCUGGAAAAAGGCAGAGGACAAAUAGUGACAUGGAGGCAGCCCUCUGAUGAAGCUUCUGUUAAGGAUUAUUUGGCUUGCCAAUAUUGCUAUGGACUGUUUGCUAAAAAGGUUUUGAAAAGACAUCAUUCCACAUGCAGAAGUAAAACAUCAUGUGUAACAGAAGACAAAAAGACAAGAAAAAGAGUACAAAGUCUUGCUGCACGCGUGCUUCCAAUAGCAUCUAACGCCGGUGGAUGUCAGGAUGUCAUUACCAAAAAUGUGAUGGCUCUGUGGAACCAUCUCAGGAUGGUGGAAGAUAAAGCAAAGGGGGAACUGACACAACAGAUUUUAACAGCAUACAGGGAGUUAAACGAGACAGUUCUGGUGCAGGUCAUUGUCUUUAACAAGCGGCGUGAAAGGCAAGCAUCACGCUUGACUCUUGAGACGUACGAGAAAGCAAGCACAAAUCGUGUAAAUGAGGACAUUUAUGAAACCCUGUCACCAUUAGAGAGAGAGCUGAGCAAGCUACUAACCCGCAUAGAGGUCUGGAGAAAAAGAGGUGGGAAGGUAGCUGUUUUCUUGACUGAGAGAAUGAAGGAAUCAAUCAAUUUGUUGAUUGAAAGGAGAGAGGAAGCUGGAAUACCUGCUGAAAAUCCUUAUCUCUUUGCAAGACCUGGUGCGAUGACAAAGUUACGGGGAUGUGAUUGUCUGCAGAAAUAUGCAGAGGAAAGCAAAGCAGAAAACCCUGAACUCCUGAGAUCAACCAAAUUAAGAAAACAGGUUGCCACAUGCUGCCAACUCCUGGAUCUCAGCGAACAAGAGCUGGAACAAGUUACAAGGUUCAUGGGACAUGACAUCAGAGUUCACCUUGACUUUUACCGACAGACUUACAAAACCUUUCAAAUUGCCAAGAUAAGUAAACUUCUGUUGGCAAUGGAGCGAGGCCUCAACCUCAACACAAUUGAUCUUUCUGUCUGUGCUGAAAGUCACACGUGGACUUCUGUGACUGUCCCACAGAGGAAAGGAAACGCGGCAGAGAGGUUGUUGAAGAUGGAGGUUCUGACUUCUUCUCCCCGAAAAACAGAUAUGACCAGGGCAGUGAGGAUGGGGACUCAGAUAUGGAGGAGGCCAUGGAGUGAAGCAGAGAGACUGCUGUCAGCAAACAGUUGGGAAAGUUUAUGGCAUUACGGGCGGGUUCCAGGUAAAGAGAACUGCAUCAAAUGCAUAACACGAGAAAUCCUUGGAUCAAAGAUCCUGGAAGGAUGUUAA